AUGUUAGACGACGCCUUCUCACUGCCUGCUGGGGGCACGGUGGAGGACACCGGCCAGUGUCCUACACGGAGGGGGAGGGCACAACCCAUCUCGUCGGGAGGAAUCCCUCCUGACGAGAUGAUGUACAUCCAAUCUCGUUGGGAGGAAUCCCUGCGGUCGAGAUGGUGUACAUCCCGUCUUGUUGGGAGGGAUUCCUCCCGUCAAGCUGCAAUUUACACCAGCUCGCCGGGAGGAAUCCCUCCCGACCAUAUGGUCUACAACCCAGCUCGUCACCUGGCGAGAUGGGAUGAAACACUCCAGCCAACGAGACUGUAUUCGGUCUUGACGGCCGAAGAGAGCCGAGGCAACCCUUUGGCCGUCAAGACCAUGUUCAGUCUCGGCGACCGGAGGGUUUCUCAAGGGGUUGCUUCCCCCACAUCAUCAGGUCGGGUGUAA